GGAGAGAAAUCUAGGCCCCAAGAACUCCCGGUUAGUUAUUUUCUUAAUCAAAAAAGCAGGGAAGAGAAAAAACCCAUGGCUAAAGCCGGAAGGAUGACCAAAAACAAGUAUUUUCGCUUUCAAUGCUUAAGUCAUCGGUUCUUUCUGGCCUUCUCUUCGUCUCGUCCUUCCAAGCGAUCAAUAAAUUCUAAAAUGGCUAAUAAUUUCCGAUCGAGCGGGGUCUCUUGCUGG